GAUGGCAGAAGUUUUCAUUUGAAAUAGCCUAAUCUAAUGAAUAUAAAUUCGCACAAGUAUUUUCUUCCUGGUUGUUAAAUCUUAGAUUUACGAGUGCGUAUAUUAAUAUAAUAAUUUGUAUUGAUAAAUACGGAAUAAAUGCUUCAAAACACAGAACUAACUGUAAAGUAGGCUAUUCGCUUCUGAUUGACGUUUCACUUCGAAAACUCUCCUCAAAUAAAAUGGUCCGUUAUCAGUUUAUUAUAAGAGCCGACGAGGCAAGUCUUCAGUUUCGUAAACAAGUUUUAGCCAUUUUGUCAUGAUCCAGUAGGCUAGGCUACAGCUUACGUGUACCCCAAGUGGGACAGCCACAACAGGAAAUAAAAAGAAGAAGAGAGAGAGAGCAUAAAACAAAUGUACAAAUCUUGUACACAAAUCCAAAUGUAUGAAGACAGGCUGAGCAGAAUACACACAAAAUUCGAAACAAAAAGCACCAAAUGGAUUUAAUUUCAUGCUUUCAAAAAUAUACACUAAAAAAGUCGGACUUUGAAUCUCGGGAACAACACUUUCACAGGGAAAGAUCGUGGUUAUGGAAGCUUUUUACUGGGCUGUGUCUACUGAUAGUCAUGUGUUUUCUGGUUAUAUGGUCUUAUAUGGGAAAUGAAAGAAAGAAACGCCCUCCACCCAUCUUUUUGUUUCAGCACUGUGCAGAGCGCCAUUGCUCUUCAAACUCCAGCUCUCCUGCAGCAGUCAAUUCAGAAGUCUCAGUAACUAAUAAGUCUCAAUCUCAGUCACCAAUAAAUUCUUUUUAUUCUGAAUUAGGAAUUAGUUCAGAUACCUACUCCAGGUUACAGCAGUCUAUUAAAUGGGCAGAGCCAGACAGAUCAAUCACAAAUGUGUCCAUGAGUACUAGUCCAGCUCACACAACAUUCACCAUAGCGAACCUGAAAGACAGCUACCAAAUUGGAGAGCAACUUUUAGUUUUGGUGCAUGCAAAGGAUUUUGAUAAUAAGUCUAAAAGUUAUGGAGGCGACUUUUUUCAAGCCAAGCUGUUCUGGUCUAAAACUAAGGUCAGUGACUUUAAAUGUUAUUUUACUGGAACUACUAAUCUGUUGUAUUUAAACUCUGCACCUGGAUCAGAGAGAGAGAGUUGCAUUGAGAAUGUUCCUCUGUCACAGGCCAGUGUGUUUGGGGAGGUGCGGGACCUGCUCAACGGCUCCUACUCGGUGCGUCUCCUCCUGCCGUGGGUCGGUGAAGCUCAGGUGGCUGUGCGUUUAAUUCACUCCAGUGAAGCUGUGCAGGUCCUGAAGCAUCACAGAGAUACUAACUCUGAUAGGGUGUACUUUAAUGGAUAUUAUGAGGGACCAGGACCAAAUAAGACCAGGUUGAGUGAAACAGUGAAGUGUAAUGUGAAGUGGGACAAGAAUGGACUAGAGAGAAUGGGAACAGGAGACUGUUGCUGUGAAUACAAAGAUCCCCGUACUGGAGAAACAUGGCGCUGUCAGAGACCCAAAUCACUGCCAUGUAGUGCCCUUGUGUACCAUUCUAUGGGCGGUUAUACAGACCGUUUGACUAAUAAUGACAAGAUGCUUAUGAAACAAACUAAUAAAGGUAUCAAUGGAGAUAAGAGCAUCAUCAGAAUUUUUCAUCAUCAGAAUGAUAUUAAUGACAUAACAGAAAAAUGUCGUCCUGGUUUACACACUCCAGUCCCAGCCGGCUUUUACCUGAAUGAUGUGUGGACGUCUUUUGUCUGUAGCACAAGACAUUUUACAACCCAAACGACAACAGAGUGCCUGAAAGACAAACACAUCUACAUGAUGGGAGACUCGACUUUGAGGCAGUGGUUCGAGUUCUUUGUGAAAGAAGUACCAACGCUGAAGCAGAUGAACCAGCAUGUCCAAUAUCAGACAGGGCCGCUUCUAGCAGUGGAUGUGGAGAACAACAUUGACUUACACUGGAGGGCUCACGGGUUUCCUCUGCGCUCUCGGAAAACUGCAGUUGCUAAUCUGCAUUACAUCAGUAAUGAGAUCGAUGACCUGGCUGGAGGAUCCCACACGGUCAUUAUUUUCAAUCUGGGGCCCCAUUUCACCACGUACCCUCUGGAGUUCUUCACCCAGAGAGUGUUGAGGAUCCGCAAAGCUGUUCUAGCAUUGUUACAACGGGCCCCUGAUACUACUGUUAUAAUCAAGACUGUCAACACUGGCUAUAAGGAUAUUUUCGGCAGUGAUUGGUAUUCUCUACAGUUGGACAGAAUUCUCCGUUGGGCUUUUCAGGAUGUUGGUGUUUAUACUCUGGAUGUGUGGCAAAUGACAGCCUGUCACUACAACAAUGAAGACAUCCAUCCAGGCCCUGUCAUCAUCAAAAAUGAGAUUGACAUUUUACUCUCUUUUAUUUGCAAGAAUUAAUUUAAAAGAUUUUACUAGAGGGCUACUAUAGGGGUCAAAAUAGAACUUUAGUAAAAUAUAAGAGUAAAUAACUAAAUUGUAAUUAAUUUUUAUUUAAAAAUUACAAUUGUAGCUAGACAGUUGCCUAUGGCUAUGAUUGUACUAUUACAGUUGUCUGUUUGAUUUUAUAGUCUUAAGCAUUCAGAAAUGACACACAAUAAAUUUUUACUUCAAUAAAACCAAGGAUUAGUUUCUGUAAGGGUUGUGAUGUCCACGUUUUUGUUGAAGAAAUUAUAGAGUCUAGCAUUUCUAUCGCAAAAAGGUGACCAAAAAUUAAAGAUUAAGUGGAUAUUUUAAUUAAAUGUUUGGUCAAUAUUAAACAAGGAUUUGAUCAUCCUGUUACAACAGCAAUUAUCAGGCCUUUGGCGCCCUUUGCAGGCAUUUGUAAUAAUAGUCUAUGUAAUGUACAUAAAUUGUUUAUUUUGUAUUACAU